AUGAAGGAGAAAACAAUCAAACGGGAGCUUGAAGUGAAAAAGGAGGACGUCGUCAAUGACGAUGCAUAUACUGGUGGCACUUACCACCUGGGUGGAAACGGUUUGAAAGAGAAGGUGUUGAAGGGUAUUUUAGAUGAAGAAGUAUAUAAAUUGCAAUUCGAUUGCAUAGAUGAGGCUGAAACAUUUUACAACAUGUUAGCAAAAGUAGCCGGAUUUAGUAUUCGAAAAGAUGAUUUGAAGCGAGACAAGAAUGAAGAUAUAAUAUCUCGAAAGUGGGUGUGUUCUAGAGAAGAACAGCGAGCGACAAAGUUUAUUGAAAAUGACAAGCGACAACGUGAGCCACGAUCAUUGACUAGAGUUGGAUGUGAAGCUGCAUUUCGUAUAGGCUUGAAUAGGAAAGAUGGAAAGUGGAUUGUAAAGGAAUUUAUAGGAGAGCAUAAUCAUAAUUUGGUCAAUGCUAUCAACACACAAUUCAUUCGGUCUCAUCGAACAAUAAGUAAUCUAGAUAAGGCACAAGUUGAUGUUUUGCGUAAAGUAGGUGUUAAAACCACACAAAUUAUGGACUAUAUGGUCAAACAAUCAGGGGGACAUCAACACGUUGGUUUCACACAAAAAGAUAUGUACAAUCACGUUGAUGCAAUGCGUAGAAUUGAAAUUAAAGACGGUGAUGCGGAAGUUGUGUUGGCUUACUUGUGUGGAAAGGUAUAA